GGAAACGCACCCCUGAGCUGUUAGUGACCUGCUAGAGGGGCUGCUAGAUUACAGCAAUGGAGGAGAUAGGAGCUGAAGGGUUGGUGGUCAUUUUUGAGCCUGCGGGCUCUCAGGGCUGUCUUCUCUGGGCCAAACUUGGGGACCGCACCCUCUCAGGGCUGGAUGUGGAAACAGGGACCCUCUCUGGGCUUGCCUCGGAUCUGAGGCUACAUAAUAUAGAAAUAUUUAUUUUAAGAUGCAAAAAGUGAAACUGCAAAUGUUAACUUGAUAUAAAAAAAAAAAUAAUAAUAAACCUUUGCAAUGCAUAUAAAUAAAAAAAUCCUCUACACCCCAGAAAACAUAACUGUGCAGUAAAAGGAAACUGAGCAUCUGCAAUCUGAUAUAAAAAUACAUGUCCGUAAAGUGUAAACAUUGCUGAAUAAAAAUGUACCAGUGCCAACACUGGAUUGCAGGAGUGCCAAAAAUAGCUGUUAGUUUUGUAGAUUUUUUUGUUGAUGUGGAUUCUAUUUAUUGCUUAUUUAUUUAUAUUCACUUUCUUGCUCAAGUUAUUAAAUUCAUUUAAUUCAUUUUUUCAUUUUAUAUGACAUUGCAGAGGUUUAUGUUUCAUUUUAUAUCAAGUGUACAGUUAAAAAGUUUAAUUAUUUUGCGUCUUGAAAUAAAUAUCUCUGUGUAAUGUAUCACUCUGUUGUGGAUGCUUCCUUUUACUGUUUAGAAUAUAACUGGCCCUUUAAAUCUCCUUUGUAAAAGCUUAAAGAGGCAUAAAUAAUCCUAUAACUACCUAUUAUAAUACAUGCUAAUAAAGCAUUCCUCAUCACACUAUUACUAUAUGUCCAAAUAAUAAUAUGUAGAAAUUAUAUUAUACAUAUUAUAGAUAUGUUUAUAAAUCAAGAACAAAGAAUUUAUUGCUCUAUUUAUUAACUGCUUACUAAUGUCUUUUAAUGUAGGAACAAUGUUUUAUAAAUGAUGAAUUGACUAUAUACUAAUGCUGAACUAAUUAUUCAUCACUUCCAGUUAUUAUAAAGUGAUACCAAUGCUUGUACUUGGAAUAUUUUAAAAUAAAAUGAAUAAGCAACUGUUGUGAAACUUAGGUUUAUUUAGUUUGAUGCUCUGUAAUUAACCAUAAAGUUUGACAAGAAUGUACAAAAGGGUGGAGAGAGCAUGCACCAUCUAGAGGACACGAAACAGACAAAGACAUACGGUGAAGAAGCAGAGACACAGAUAGCAACGCAAGCGAUAGAGGAAGGAUAUCCGCUUAAUUAGAAAUGAGUCACAGAUUUUUAUAUGUGAUUGGAAAUUCCCCAAAAAGAAACAUAUGAAGUCUGAGGAGUGUGGUGCCUAGAGGACACGUCAAACCCUACUGAGGGGAGAUUAACAGUUUGAUUUACUCAUAUCUUAACUGAUUUGAAGUUAUGUUUGCAUUAAAUGCUUUGUAAUGUAACUAAUAAAAUAAGAGAUGUUAUUGUUGCGAUUGCCUUACUUAUAACAAACUGAGUCUGAAACAAGAACAACCACAAGGGAGUCUUCUUCAUCCUGUGUGCGGACGUCCUAUAAAACGAGAAGAAGAAAACGAAGAUACUGAACUUUGAGUUCAUAUUACUACUCUUCCAACAAGGACAUUGGGGUGGCGUUCAAUUUUUACAAAACCCGUAAACAACAAAUAUGAAUUCUGUUCCUUGAUGUAAAGAGUAUCUGGUUCAGUAAUGGAAGCCUCAAGUCAUUCUGAGAAAAAGAAAGGCCAGACAGCUGUUUCAUCUAAACGUCCAGUGGACAUCAAUGACUGGAAUAAAGACCAUGUGAGACAAUGGAUACUUGAGAUAAAAGUGGACGAAGAAGAUGCAGAGAUUUUUUACAAUCAGAGAAUUAAUGGAGCUAGUCUUCUCCUCUUGGAGGAGACUGAUCUUUCUUCCAUUCAAAACCUAUCACUGAAUGCAAAAAAACUGAUUAUUCACAACAUAGACCAUCUGAAACAAAAGACUCAGCAGCAAAAUGACAUGGUGACUCAGGCUUGUAGCUUGAAACCUUAUCCAUUCAGCAGAUUUAAUGCGGCUCACAGGUACAGAGAAAACAGCAUUCUAGAUGUGACUGAAACUGGUCCUAAAGACCUCAUACAACCAUGCCAUGAAUUCAAAGCCUUUGUAAACACAACAGAAGAGGGCAGAAUGAAAAAAUACACAUAUGAAGUCAUUCGAUUUGCAGCAGCUUGCAUGAACAGCCGCACAAAUGGCACCAUUCAUUUUGGAGUGGCAGAUGACCCCCAUGGACAAAUUCUGGGUGUUUGUGUCCAGAAAACUGAUGGUUUUGAUGUACAGCAGUCACAUGCAAUUGAAAAACAUUUCAAAUUGGAAAGAUCUGUUCAAGUGGCAAAGAGGUGUAUAAAACCCCCGCGUUUUGUUGAAGUUCUCAAAGCUGACAUGACAUCCACAGGAAAAUGUGUUAUUGAGGUAGACAUAGAGCCAUCCUCUUUAAUAUGUGAAGACAUCUAUUUUAACACAUAUGAAGUAGACAAAAAUAUCAAGCAACUCAAAAAUAAAGACAAGAUGCUAGAGGCCAAAACAACAGGGAAGAAGAAUGAUGGAAAGUCUUUCUUUAUAAGAGACAGCAGCAGCAGCAAGAAUCUGAUUACAUCUGGUUCCUCAAAGGAGUAUGAGAAAUAUAUCAAAGACAUGCCACAUUUGUCUCAGUUGAGGAAGGAUGCGGAAGAAAAGCAUCUCUCUACUGUCAAAAUCAGUGUGCAAGGCCUUAAACUGUGCGAGAUGAUAACAGGAGGGAGCCAAUCUUUGGACAGGUCACACUUUGCAUGGUACAUUGUGGUGGCUAACAAGUCUCAUCCUGUCCAGUUGGAAAACUUGCGUUUCCUUCUUCACAUGGAUCCAGUGGCUGUUUUAGAUUUUGAUCCAGAAUCUGCUGAGAAGGGCUUGAAUAAGAUGUUUGAAGAGAGAAAAAUCAAUGUUCAUUUACCAGCUCAGUUUAAAAUCACAGGUGCAGUUGAAGACAUAGCAAACAGGUUAAAGCUGACCAGAAAUACAAGCUGGGUUUUCUGUAAUGGAGGCACCAAUGAGGAAAGCCCCUCUGAUGCUGAUCGCUGGUUGACUGAGAAAGGAUCCUCUGUGCGUGAUGUGGUUUCUUUCCUGUGCCGAAAAGAUGUGUUGCCUCACAAGAAAUUUCUUACCAUUUUCUUGCUAUUAAGUCAGGUGAGUGAUGGAAAAGACCCUUUGCUUGAGACCUUCAGUAUGUUUUUACAGGAGCUCAAAGGAGGAAACCAAAUCUUGUGUAUCAGUGACAAUAAGACAUCAUACACCUACUGGAAACAACUUAUUGAAGGCCGAUAUGGAGUUGACAUUUCAACAAGAUGCAUUUAUGAGCUGAGUUUCGCUGAAGUCAAUGGAACCGUGCUCAGUCUGUGGUCAGAGAAUCGCAAAUCAAGCCGCUUUCUGCCUUGUGGUGGUGGCAGUAGUGUUGUGCUGUCAAAGAAAAUGGAUGCAUCCUUAGAUUUGCUGAGUGUUCUUUGUGUGAACCAGUGUGAUGGAGGAAAUGAGGACAAACAACAACAUGAGGAGAAAUUUUACAAGGGAGGGAAGGUGUCCUGGUGGAACUUCUACUUCUCAGAACAGCCCGGGUCAAUGCCAUUCAUCAAACGAGACAAAUUCGACUACAUCAUCAAUUUCGUUAUUCCAGACAUAAGCAGUCGGAAGAGAGUGUGUGAGUUUUUCAGCAUCUUGCAUCUUCCAGGCUGCGGUGGCACUACAUUAGCCAUGCAUGUUCUGUGGACACUCAGGGAUAAAUUUCGCUGUGCAGUGCUGAAGGACACAACAGAUGAUCAUCCUGAAAUAGCAAAACAGGUAGUGCAGCUACUGACAUAUGAGACAAAAGAGCAACCUACACGACUUCCUGUUUUGCUCAUGAUCGAUGACUUCCAAGACAUUUGCGAUGUAAAAAAACUCCAACUUCAAAUUGAGGAUGAGUGUCUGAAGCAAAAAAUGUUUUCAAAGUCUCCACAGGUAAUAAUUGUUAACUGCAUGAGAGCUGAAUCCAGUGAACAGACUGAUGAUGCAGUAUUCAUCGGAAACAAAUUAUCAGAGAAGGAACAGGAACGGUUUGAGGAAAAGCUAAAGGAUUUUAAACGGACCAACACAAAUAUUAAAACAUUUUAUGGGUUUAUGAUUCUGAAGAAUAACUUUUCACCUGAGUAUAUUCAGGGCGUUGUGAAAAAUACUCUGAAGGGUUUUAACUUCCAAGACAAACAUGCUCAACUUUUUGCUGUUCUUGUCCUGCUAAAUGUCUACUGCAAGAAUGCAUUGCUGUCAGUCUCUACAUGUGAAGAGUUUCUUGGUCUGCAAACAAAAGCAGAUUUUGAACACUGCAAGAUCGAAGAUGGAUUUGAGAGGUUUUCCAAUCUUUUGACAAGAUGCACAGUCAAUUCCAAAAUUAGCUUUGAAGGUGUGUCAGUGAUCCACCCAAGUAUUGCUCAACACUGUUUAAAAGUGCUUUCAGCUUCUCAUCGGGUGACAAAAGCAGAGAUCACUAACCUUCUGCUCACAACAGAAUUAUUUUAUGAGUAUGCUCUGGGAAAACAAAAAUUAAUGCAGGAUGUUCACAACAUGUUAGUUAAGAGGCAAUAUUCAGCUCAGUUUGAAGACUCACUUUUUUCACCUCUUAUCCAGGAUAUAAUUAAAGAGACCCCAGGGUUUGAAGAAAUUGUUCUAUACAAUGCAGCGAAGUGCUACUCAAAGGAUGCAGUAAUGUUUCAACUCCUCGCAAGGUAUCAUUACAUCAAAAAAUUGGACUUUACCACAGCCAUGAGUUGGGCAAAGAAGGCUAAAGACCUUUUAAAGGACAACUCAUACAUAUGCGAUACAGUGUCACAGGUCCUUGUACGUGAACUAAAGCAUGCUGUUCGCAAAGACAAAAAUAAUCCCAUCAAACCAGACAGUCUUGAGGAGUAUCUUACACUGGCUAAGUCUGCAGGAGAAGCUUGCAAAGAAACACAACAAACAGCAAACAAAGAGGCCAUGACUCGAUUGCAGAGACUAAAGGAUUACAACACCUACAACACCGCUGGGCAUCUUGGUGAACUUCAAACUGCUGCUGUUGUCAUAAAAAUACUGCAAAAAACACCACUGUUUAACUGUCUUGGUCAAGUCCUAUCAGGUCAAAUUACCUUUGAAGAUUUGCCAAGGAAGAACCCCGAACUCAAGCAAUAUUGCCAUGUAUUGCAGAAGCACAAGAGCUAUCUUCUUCAACUAAAGGGCACCAUGAAGAAUCAUUUUUAUUUUCUUGACAAUUUGUUUGUCAAUUUAGUACCCUUUUUUGCAGAGAAAGACAAACAAAAGGAACUGACAAAGCCCAAGGUUUCCAGGUACUUUCAACAGUACGCUGACCUCUUUUGUAACAUACAUUGGAGUGAGCUGGUCACCAACGAGCGCAUGAACCUCAUGGUUAAAAUUGAGCAGACGCGACAAUGUCUGGAGAGGAACAAGGGUGAUUCCUAUACCCGUCUUCUGGAAUAUUUAUAUGAGAAAGACUCUGCAUCAGCUCUUGAAGAGAUCAUCCAGCAGUAUGAUUUCAUUCUGAAGUUGACAAAAGAGGCCAGACAAUUGAUGGACAAAAUCAACUUCAUCUAUGCCAAUGUUAUUUUGGCCAACAUCCACCCUGAAUCUCAGUACAUCAGGCCCUACCAAGACCUUCGUAACUUAAUACUUCAAAUAAUCGAUCACCCCACAUCCUUUAGUGAGAUCCUGCCAUUGCACUACAUCACAGUUUUAUUGUUACGACGAGAGGAGGACUGUGGAUUACCAACUUUUGUGUCACAAAUUAAGUUGUCAUUUUUAAAAGACCUGAGACCUGUGUCUAAUGGAAAGAGAGCAGCUGUCCAUUUUUACUUAGGGAAGGAUGAAGGUUACAGUGGCCUGAUUUCCCAUAGGGAUAUAAACAACUGUUUAGGAUCAGGACAGAACAUCUCAACUAAAUGGGAUGAUGAAAAAGUGUGGAAGCAAGUGAGAGACUGUGAGAAACUCUACAGAGUUUCUGGUGAAAUUUGCAAUGGUUUUAUCAGUGUUGCUGGUGUGAAGGUCUAUCCAAUGUUCAGAAGCCAGUUACAUAAUGAAUCUGGCACAAGAGUGUCAUUCUUCAUCGGAUUCUCAAUGAAUGGACCAGUUGCACUUGACAUAGACUUUGAGUCACAAGGUUCACAAGCCUGAUCUAAUGGAUCUGACUGAUUUGAAACAUAACUCAGAAAUCUUUAUAGAAUUCCAGUUUAAAACUAAGGGCCCUAUUUUAGCAAUCUAAACGCAAAGUGCGUGUCCAAAUUCACUUUUGCUAUUUUAAUGACGGAAAAACAGACCGUACGCUGGGGCGUAUUUUUGGAACAGGUUGUCCCUAUUCUCUAAAUGAGUGUCAUCUCCCAUUCCCUUUAAGAGUGAGAUGUGCUUGCGUCAUGGCAGAUUUUUGCUUCAUUUCUUAAUAGAUAGAUAAUCCAUUUUUAUCUCUGUCCUCCUGUGUCUCCUCGCGACUCCAGUUUCACUCGUUUCGCAGUGCUCUCAGAAAGUUUUCCAAACAAAUCAGUCUCUUGCCGCUCUGUCGGAGAAGUGUCUGGCUGCAGACUUGCACUUCCACUCUCAGACUUGCAGUCUCAGACACUUGUGCUUCUGCUAGCAACGUCACUUGCAGUCUUUAUUCUUUUAUAUUUUUCUAUUUAUUGAUAACUUUUUGUUUGAAUCUUUCAACAUUUUACAACAGUAGCCAGGUUGUGAAAACAAGAAAAAAGAAACUAAAUUACAAUGUCACUUACAAUUGCCACUUGCACUCUCCGCUACCUGUGACACUUGCAAUCGACACAAAUCGUGCGUGUUGCCAAUGGAGACAAGACGCAGUGGUGGUGAUUAAACGAUUAAAACUAAAUUAGUAGGCCUACUACAAUAAUUUACAGGGUCCUGCAAGAAAAAGACAAGACCGGCAAAUCCGUGGCCACAGAACAACAGAAUAUGAACACAAUGCACAAAUUCUUUCGUUCAGCGUUUUCCUCCUGUAGAAAAAACAAACACCUAAUAUGGCAUAAAAUAUUAAGAUCACUGAUCCAUUAUAUAGAACUGGAUUGCUCAUGACGUCAUUAAAGUGAAGCCGCCGCGCCGCCAUAUUGGUAAUCCCUAGUAUGUGAAAACGUUCCUUAAAAUAAUAGGAAUUUGUCUGAUUUUAAUGAGUAAACAACACCUAACAGGUCAGCGUUUAUAAAUAUGAAGUAUCUCUGUACAUUAUUACAAUGCGAACACCCUAGGCAUGUAAACGGUUAUUUUUUACAUUUCGGGAAUUUCCCCUACUUAUUAAAAAGCUACAUUCAUUACAGUAGUGAGCAUCAUGAACAUGAUAAACAUUAAAACGCUUGAUGUGGCCUAAUAACAGACUAAGAUGAUAAAGACAAUUUCAGUAGGCCUAGCUUGUUGUUGACUCAACGUAUAUACAGACCAGCAAAUAUGAACGUGCAUUAAGUGAUUUUAAAAGGAUCAACUCUGCACAGGAAAGCAGGCGAGUACAGAACGCAGUGCGUUAAAUUGUACAUUAAACUUUUUCCUCCUAUACAAAAUCAUUAUAAAUAAAACACAUAAUGUAUAUUAAUGGACAAAGAAAGUGAAAUAAACGAGUUGUAGACAGUUUAUUCUAUAUGGAAAAAUGCUUAACACAAAAUUUAGCGUGUUGCGUUUUUUCUGGGCUCACCAGUGCUUGUACAUAUUAGUUAUGUAUUUCAAUAAUAUAGAGAAGCAUAUUGAAUUUGGCCUUUGUCAUCUUAGUCCAUUAUGCCACAUUUUGCGUUAUGUGAGAAAAAUAUUAUAUGCAUAUUCAUUAAAAUAAUGAACUGUAUAUUUAAUUUGAUUUGCCGGUCUUGUCUUUUUCUUGCAGGACCCUGUACGUUAUAGUACUAAAUUAGUUUUAAUCACCACCACAGCGUCUUGUCUCCAUUGGCAACAUGCACGAUUUGUGUCGAUUGCAAGUCUUGCAGGUAGCAGAAAGUGCAAGUAGCGAUUGCAAGUAACAUUGUAAUUUAGUUUUUUUUUCUUGUCUUCGCCACCUGGCUACUGUUAUAAAAUGUUGGGAAAUUCAACAAAAAGCAAUAAAAAAUUCAAUUAAAUAAAAAAUAAAGACUGCAAGUGAUGUCACUAGCGGAAGUGCAAGUGUCUGAGAGUGCAAGUCUGAGAGUGCAAGUGCAAGUCUGCAGCCAGACCCUCUUGGUAGAUCCGCCCCUGAGCCUACACAAUAAUAUUAUUUUACACUGUAAUCCUUUUGUUUUUAAUAUUUGUUAUGUUUGUGUGAUGCGCAUCCCUGUGUGUAAUAAGCAAAGUCAAUGCGCACUGUGCACCCGCCCAGAGACGCAUUUUCUACCAACACGCUCUUUAAAUUACAAAAAAAAAAGUAUUGCACCAUUGACUUAAAGACUUUAGACCAGGUUUCAGUUGGUCUAUGGCGCAGUCAAUUUUCAGCUCCUUAAAAUAGCAAUGCGCUUGAACACACAUCUUUUUUUGGCCAGCACGCCCAUGGGCACACAAAAUGGACGCAAAUGCAUUUGCUUUUAAACGACAUGGCGCUGGAGGGGAAAAUGCAAACAGCACCGGCCUUGCAUCGCAUUGCGCCGGGUGUAUGAUGGCCCUAAGACACUCAAGUCAAAGGAGCUCAUGACCCAAAGCCCUGUUGUUGUUCGUACGCAUUUGUUUGGUUUCCCACAUUAAAAUGUACUUUUUUUUGCCAGUACUGCAAUGAAUCUGCAACACAACUGUGUUGUAAUUCAGUUGUAUUGGGUUAUUUAUUUUUCUUUUUAUACAUUUUCUUUUUGCAAUUUACUGAUUUAUUGCAUAUCCUUUAUAUUUAAAUUUAUUUUACUUUAACUUAAAAAAAGGCCCAUUGGACCAUUUUAAUAUAAUGGAAUUUUCCAUUGUUUAUUUUUACGGGUGCUUUUGCAUGUAAUUUGAAUUUUUUGCAGGGUGUUGUGUUUUAAGGUUGAAGGAAAUGUUUGUAAUCAGAAGAGAUGCUGGUAAUGUUUUGCCAGGACAUUAUCUUUAUUUCUACUGUUUUUUUUUUUCUUUCAUUGUGCAUUUGUUUUUUGAUAAGUAUUGCCAUUGCUGUGUAACAAUAUAUUGUAUAAGGAUUAAUGUUUAAGAUUCUUUGCUAAAAGUUGCACACUCAUAAGAAGUAGUAAAGUUCCAUUACAUUUGCUCGUGAUCAUAAAACUUGUCUUCUGUUGAGACAAAGUUUAACCAAUAAACUUAUUUCUUAUCACUUAC